AGUGAACCCGUGUCGAAGCGAGAUUGCCAUCAUCGCCGGGAUGUAAACAAACAGUGAGAGACACGACACUGUAAACUGCACCAAGAGGAAGAGGACUCACGACAGAGUCUGGAGCAGGCAGUUCUCGUCAGCAUUUCAGGAAUCAAAACCAGCAUUAGGUGUAAGAGGUAAAGAUGGCUCGACAACGACGGCCAAUGAUUGGAAUAGGACUGUUGCUCCUGGCCCAUAAAUUAUAUAGUGUUGGCAUAAAUACAUUACCUCCUGUUACACUGCUUGCCAUUGUUGGUCAGACGCUGCUCUUCCUAGGAAUUAUAAAUCCUCCGUGGGACCGCUAUGAUGUUUGCAUAAGUGGAGAAUCCAUCCUUAUUCAUAAAGAUUAUCGUAGACUUGUAUUAUCUGCCAUUGAACAUGCUGAUGAUAUCCACCUGUAUUACAAUAUGGCAUCGUUGAUGCUUAAAGGUCGAUCACUAGAGUUGAGAUAUGGCUCUGUAAAAUUUUGCAUUCUCUUAGCAGUUUUUACAAUAGCAACAAGUUUGACAUAUGUUGGCCUCGUUUGGGGAGCUACUGAAAUUUUUGAAACUUAUUCAUAUAUGAGGCAGUGUGCCAUUGGAUUUUCAGGUGUACUCUUCGCAUUAAAAGUUUUAACAACUCACUACGAGGGUGGUGCUUCUCAUUAUGUGCAUGGAAUUUUGGUGCCAACUAAGUAUGCAGUGUGGGUAGAGCUUGUUAUUAUACAAGUUCUUGUGCCAAGAGCAUCUUUUAUUGGACACUUAGCUGGUAUAUUGGUGGGAGUUGCUUAUGUUUCGGGGCCACUAAAAUAUCUAAUUGAUGGCAUUUGUGGCUUGAUACCAGUAAUGGGACUUCGUGGAUCAUUUGCACCAUCAUAUACCUACACACGGAGCACAGUUGGCUCAAAUCCCUAUCAAGAUUCACCACCAGAAUAUUCAAGACAGAAUUAUGGGUGGAAUGUUAAUGGCUCUUAUACACAAACAGAGCAAUCUUCACAAGGGAACCAGUUCAAUGAAAAUGAUCAAUUUCGAACGUAUCCUGCACGACCUACUGUAGAAGAGCUUCGGCAGCACAGAAUAAAUCGAUUUCAGUAAUGAGUUGUCAGUGAAGACUAAUAAUUUUGGCAGAAGCCAUUAUUUCCUCUGGACAUUUGUUUCCUAAGUACUUACAUAAUAACAUUUAAGGUCAUGAAAAAUAUAAAUUAUAAUGUUGUAUUGAGGAUUUGUUGGAUUAAUUUUUUCUCAAAUUAAUCUCGUAUUGAAUUGUUAAUGAGUGUACAUACAACUACUCUACUUGUGAUGGCACAAGUACAGUACUGCCAUGAUAGUCAGUGCUAAAGUUUAUUUAGUGUAUGCAAGAAGGUAUAUAUACACUGUUUAUCUGAAUAUUUGAGGAAUUGCUAAUACAUUUUACUUUGUCUUUACUCUUGCGGGGGUUUCUGUUCUCUCCUCACAUAUGUAGUUACUAAACCACUAGACAACAUUUUCAUGGUGAAGAGUUACAGGUUAAAACUAAAGAAACUAGUUCAAGUAGGGUUGAUUCCUUAAAAGUGAUUAAUUUACGAGGGCCAAGCUGAAAUUACAGCCACAGACCCACUUUUGGUUAAUCUCGGCUUGCAAGUUCCAUAAUACAAAUCAUGUUCAAUUAGAGGUUGAAUACACAAAUGAUACUUGACAAAGCAUCUAGUUAUCUAUCUUUCUUAAGCAUUCAAAGUUGUAUCCUAAGGUAUAUAAAAUUAUAAACUAAAGGAAAUGGUUUGUUUAUUCUCUGUCAACAUGAACAUCUUAUCACAGAAACAGCCGCUACAAUAUUUUCAUAUUAAGGUAUAAAAUGCGUGAUAUAACUCGACACUCAUACAAAAACUUGUAUACACUUUCCAUGUUAAAUUUUACAAAAUGUAUGAAAUGAUUAAAAUGUCAUGAAAUAUGUCAUGUUGCAGAGUACCGUACACUGUAUAUGAAAUAUAUGCAUUCCUCCUCAAGCCAUCAAUAAAGUACUAUACUGUAGUACAGACUGUUCAUGUAACUGGAGGAGUAAGAUCCACCAAUCACAUUACAAUAAACAUCCGACCCACAAAUUUGAACAUUAAAGAAUUGAUGUUUCAGUCUGUCCUGGGCUAUAAUCGAGUCGUGUAAUCUAAUUUUCAGUCACUAUUGAGAGUUAUUGUCUGCACUAUACAAUACUUGUAUUAACAAUAAUAUUACAACGUACUCACAAAAAAAAAAUUAAUUCUUAAGCUCUACUGUAUUACAAUAAAGAUAUUCCCACUGAAUAAAGAUAUUCUCAUGCUUGGAGACUAAUGCUGACAAUUUUAAAUUUGCUGACAGUUUUAUAGUACAGAUUCUGCAAAUAUAUUUUUUGUUUAAUAAUAAUAAUACUUUAAUUGUACAUACACCAUAGUAGUAAUACAUGCCUAAAGCUUCAACUGCAUACUCAACCUUUUCUUCUGUAUUCGGUAAGAGUUCCGUAUGGCUAACAAUAAAUGUAUUACUUUUAUUUUAGCACAAGUUCGAAUAAUUAUAAGUCUUCGAGAACUACAAACCCUGUAUUUGUAUACAUCACUGAAUAUAAAACAAGAGAAAAGCAAUUAAACUUGAACCUUAUGAUGAAAACAUAAUGAGCAAAGUAACGAAAACUACCUUUAGUUUUAAAACAUAAUGACUUAAUAUGAUAAUACUGCCCAUAAGUAGAUUAAAGAGAGACUUCAAAAUUGUCAGAUAUAUACUGUACUUCGAGAUUAUCAUCACACCACUAAUAGACACCGAUCAAUGACUAGGGAACCUGUACAAUAAGUCCUUAUUAGCCUCUAUGGCUGCUUGAUGUAAACCACAUUUUGGCCCUAGUGGAUCAUGUACUGUUGGGAAAGGAAAAGGACUUGAAUCAUCUGAACUGGACCAAUUGUCUAUCAGGGCCCUUAGUCAUUGACCCCAUAGCCUGGCACAACUCUUCUUUCCAGCCAAAUUGGUUAAAAAUCUGAAUAUACUGUACACUCAAAAUGUUGGCUAUACAAUACAUUGUUUCCAAUAUUGUAAUUAUCAAGAGAAGCACUAAGCUUUCCAAUGCAGUAAAGCAAAAAAAAUAUCUGAAAUCAUUAGGGCCCAACAAAUUCUGCAUUUAAUACUGUAAACUUACAAAGAUAAAUUGAAUUAUUAAUUUACUCACCAAUAAAAAGACAAAUGCUGUACAUAGUGAGAUAGUGAUAGGAAGCCUGUUAGGCUAACUGAGGUCCCCCUAAGCCAACUACUGAUUUUGUCUAGGAUGUAACCUAUAACAAUUGCAUAAAUUUAAGGUACCAAUUUACUGCCAAGUGAACAGAUGCAUCAGGUGUAAGGAAACAUGUUCAAAUGUCUGUGAUGAGGAAUCUAGCCUGGGUUCAUUUGGUUGUGAAUCAGCUGCCCUACAACUUACAAAUAUCUGUCUUUGCAUCUGCACAUAUUAAGCUCAUCGAAGUUAAUUAUACAGUACAGUACUGAUAAAAUGGAAGAAAUUUUGAAGUUUUAAUUGAAAACAAAUGGUAAAUACUUUUGAAAUCAAGCCGACAGUGGUACCAGACAGCAUAAAGUAAAAGCUUCAGUCCAUCCUCUCUCCCUCCCUCUUCUUUCCUUACAGAAAUCAACUAACCUCUUGCAGACAGACAAUUUACUAAAUAAUGAACAAAAUAAUGUACAGUAUGCAGAAAAUACAGUAAUAUUUACUUAACAAAAACUAAGAAAGGAGGGGAAAACAAUGUUAGUGUUUCUGCCAUAAUACAGUUGAACCUCUGUACUCUAACAGCUCGCAAUUCGAACACUGUGUACACGUUCAGUAUUCAACCGUUUGUUCGGCACUCAAUCAAACACAGAUCCCAGAUGAGUCAAUUUCCCAGUAGCUGUCAUUCAGUGCACACCACCACUAGACUUCUCUACACUUUGUGUUUUCUUGGAUAUUUUUGAUAGUCUUAGUGUAAAUAAGUCACCAAAGAAAGUUAAUGAUAAGUGUCAAGAAAAAAGAGAAUUAACUAAAAUCAGUCGAGAUGAAAUAAGAACUUGGCAAAAUAUGAAACUGGUGCCCACAUGUCUGCUCCUGCUACCGAGUUUGGUAUGCCUAAAUCUAUUUCUCUAAUACAAGAAAUGUUUGCAAAAUAGGGGGGGGGGGGUUGCAAAGUUUUCUUGAAACUUUGCUGAUAA